GGAGAUGGAGAUGGAGAUGGAGACGGUGCCAGAAGCUAAGCGAGUGAAGGGGACGGUGAUGAUGCAAGUAUACAUGAAGGGCACAUUUGAUAAACUUAAGAUGGAGUAUUCAAACUUUGGGGGGUUCCCAUAACACUUUCUCAAUCAUGAGUCUCAGCAAAUCCCAAAGAUAUGAAGAUGGGAAUCACGGGUGGUUGGUCCCCUUCUCAAUUGCAGUCGCCAUCGCCAUUGCCAUCGCCAUCGCCAUUGCCAUCACCAUCACCAUCACCAUCACCAUCACCAUCACCAUCACCAUCACCAUCACCAUCACCAUCACCAUCACCAUCACCAUCACCAUCACCAUCACCAUCACCAUCAAACGUCGUAAUUGCUGUUUUUAUAUCCUUCCCCCCAUCAAUACCUCCUCAAAAAUGUUGUAUUUGAUUGUUAAACAAAGAUAUUACUAUCGACGAAUUCUCAAGUAAUCGUAAAAAAUCGAAAAGUCCUCGACAAGAACGCCUGAGAUUUGAAGGCAUCACCUAGACGUGUUUCCAGUUUGAUCUGUCUAUCGACCUCAUCAAAUUGAGUGCUGAACA